UUCACCGUGUGACACAUCUUCCGCAUUAUAAACGAUCUUCGACCACACACGCCCAGCCUCAGCACCAGCGCAUCCUUUCUCAACGGGGUCCCCCCCACAACCCUCUGUCCGCACCAACAUUACCAGAAACCAUGAGAGGGACGAGGCCUUCGUGAUACGGACAAACCCUACUGGACUCGUUCUUCUCCCCUCCCCGAACCUCUCGCGGUUCGUUAUGUCUUUGAGCCUGCACCCCCUCUCGCCAUGCCCGCCGCUCAACGCUCCGUGCUGCCGCCGCUGCUGCUCUUUCUGCCGUUGUUGCUUUUGAUUCCGUGCCUGGAUGGGGCGGUGAGAGCAGCGGAGGAGGGCGGCGGCCUGCCCUCCUCCUCGCCCGGGGACAAUGGGCUCACCAUUGCGGUCGGAGACCCGUCUGUCACCGACCCGAGCGCCCCGGGGCGACUCCUCAGCCCCUCCGCUCUGAUAGAAGAGCCCCAGUUUGCCCUGAAGGUGCUGGUGAGGGACCUAGUGACCCGUCAGGCGCUGCAGGGGGCUUCAGUGGACGUUUACGUAAACCACACCCUGAAGACCUCUGCCCCAACAGAUGAGAAGGGUGAGGUUCUGCUCUGGGUGCCGUACAGUCCCGGCCUCAGUCUGACUCUGCUGGGCACCAUGGAGGGCUACGCCCCCAGCCCCGUGCCCUGGAGCACUGCCAAGAGGCCGAUUUUCUCUGCUGUGACGUUGCUGCUGCUCCCUCACAGUCAGGGGAACAUCUGGUUGUUUGAAGACUCCGUGCUCAUCACAGGGAAGUUACCUGACAGUUCAUCCCAACCCAAGGUUAAGUUCCCCAAGAACCUCCUCACAAUGCCUGAUAAGAGCAACGUCUCCUCGGUGACAGCGUACCUGACUGUGCCACAGCACCACCUAGCAAAAGACUGUGCCAACUGCACUCCAGGCAUCAUCAGCAAAAAAUCCUUGGUCCAAAUCAUCGAGCUGAAGGCGCUGGCAGCUGUCAAUGUCCUACUGUACUCUGGCGGCGAGGAGCUCCAGGUUCGAGGGCCCAUUCAAAUCAGCCUUCCCCUGGGACACAGCACGCGCCUCAGGGCCUCCGACACCGUGCCAGCCUGGGCCUUUAACCUAAAGACAGGUGCCUGGGAAAACCAGGGUCUGGGGAUUGUGAAAACAGUUGGCGAUGAGCUGGUUUGGACCUACACCGCUUCCCAUCUGGGCUACUGGAUCGCUGCCCCUCUUCCCUCAUCACAUGAUAACCUGGGACAUGGAAGCUCCUUUGAUUUCAUGUCACACCACACCUACCUGCUGAUGGGAAUACUGGGAGCCAUGCUGGCUCUAGUGGUUGGACUUCUUUCCUUGCUGCUGUGUCACUGCGGGAGAAGUUCUUAUCGAGAGCCCAGGAGGGGGCGGAGAACACGCUUUUCCAAACUCACGGUGGUAAAAAAAGACCAAACUACUUCCACCCACAUGGAAGAGGGUUUGUUGUUCCGUUCUGGCGACAACAGCCUCGCUUCCUGCAGUGUCCAGUGUGAACCCUCGUCCACGCCAAGGCACAAAGCCAACUACAACAUCUAUGUGGAGGAUCCAGGGAGUCGCCCGGUGGCUCCUCUUUAUGAGAACAUUGCUCUGGAUCGGAUCAAAGGUCCCCAGCCAUCGUCUCACUACAUCAACAGCGAAGAGGUGGCCCGGCUUCGGGAGAAGUCAGAGCAGAAUCGGGUCAACAUAAACUCUGACAACUUCUUUCAAGAUAAGCUGCUUCAUAUUUACAACCAGCCAGUGGCUAUUAUUCAGGCGCCGGAGCUUUUCGGUGCUCAGGAGCAGCAACUAUCAGGCUGCAAGUCUGCUACUUUCCCCCGCAAUGGAGUUGACUAUGAUGCUCACUCAGAGCCUGCAAGUAAAGACAGCUACACCCAGACACUACCCAAAGUCCCUCACCACCACUCCCAAGGUGGGAGCAGCCCACAGCAGAGCAGCCAAGAUGAGCCCCAGCCUCUGGAGACUCCCCCGCAAGGCCAAGGCCCUAAAGCUGCCGUGUGGGGACGCUACAGUAACCUCCUGGAAUCCUCCGUCUCGGUCCCUGGGACUCUAAAUGAGGCGGCUGGAAUGGAGGCGUUCAGCAGUGGCCAUGGUGUAUCCAGCGAGCUGCAGGGGAUUUCAGAGCGCACCUUGCUGGAGCUGACCCGGGGAAAGUCUCACCCCAGGGCCUGGUUUGUCUCCUUAGACGGAAAGCCAGCCGCCCAGGUCCGCCACUCCAUUAUCGAGCUACAGAGCCGCCGCCACCGCCCACCAAGCAGCAACGACACCAGCCUGGACUCUGGGGUGGACAUGAACGAGCCUCAGCAUAACACCCGCGAGACGGAGCGCGACAGGCGCUCCAUCAGGGCCUCUUCCCUGCCGCACCACAGCCGAGGAGGGCGUUAUGGUGAGGAUCAGGACCUGAGCAGUAGUGAGAGUGGCACGACAGCCACAUGUACGCCAGAGGACCCUUCCCUGAGGAACAUUUUAGACGGUAGCAGCGGGGCUAUUCCUAACAUUCCUGAAGAGCGAGACGGGAUGGAUACAUCCAGCGCUCAGGAGGACAGCGAGUCCAGAGGUACGCCGCCUCCGCGGCGCCUGAGGAAGGUCAGAGAGAAGGGCAAGACUGAAAAGAGGAGUGCCAAGCAUGUCCGUGAGGGGAGACCCCUGACCAAGCACAGCUAGAGCACGGCUUGCUGCAAACGUCAGGCCUUUUUCAUCAGUGCUUAAUUUAAAUGUCCCAUUAACCAUUUCACCCACACUGAGCUAUUUUCAUUACAUGGUGUCAUCAGUGCUGAGUGAUCCAAAUUAGUUUUCACCACUUGUGCUCACGCAGGCAUUGGUGUUGUUGAGUUAUGUGAUUGUACAACUUUUCCAAAGAAUGCAUACGUUUAGAAAAAUAAAGCAGGAUCUAUUGUCAUGUUGAAGCAUCAUGUAGCUGCAGUUAAGACACGUUUGUGUGCACCAUGUUGUUUCAUUCUCUAGAAUCUAAAGAUCACCAGCAAAAUUCUUCACAUGAAAAAUGUCCGUGUGAACACGAUAUCCCAUAGUCCCCAGUGCUGGCAUUAUAAAGGGUGCCUUCUUACUGCCUGUAAUCAUUAAAUAUGAUCACACAAGGCAAAGUAUUUGACUAUAUUUUGUAAAAUCUGGUGAGUUUGCAGGAUGGACACAGAUACAGGUCUAUGCGUAGUGCACUUAUCCUCAUCAUAAAUGCCUGCUGUAAAUUAAAUAAGAUAUAGAAGCUUUCCUAGUUUGCAGUACUGACAUCUUGUUUUGACCAUUCUGCCUCAUUAAAAGGAGACUUUGUGGUCAGUACUGGAAUCAGCUCUGUCCGAACAACAACUUUCUGCCCGUCACUGACACCAAUGGAUUUUUCGAGUAAAAACACUGAUGUACAUUGUAAAGCUAAGCUGCCAUUUACAUACCUGAUAUUCAUGGUUUUAAGCUUACGAUUAUUUUAGAAUGCAUGAAAAUGAAUGUUUCCUUGUGUGUAUGAAAAUAGUUUUUGCAUUUACUGUAACAUUACGUCAUCGUAGCGGUUAAAUUACUUGGAGACUGAAUGGUUUAUUUUGUUGUCUAGUCUUGGAACGAGACUCCGCGUUGUGCUGCCAACUGUAAUAAAGUAAUACACCAACAAUAAUACCCCAGGACUUCUACACUAUGAUUAUGGCCCAAUAUUU